AUGCAGGCCCUCGGCGCGCCCUCGCGAACGGCCGGCUCCGUCAUCCGCCGCCUCUUCUUCUCCGCACGCCCGCCCUGCCCUCCCGCCGCACCCGCCUUCCCCCGUCCGUUCCCUCCCACGCUGCGCCAUGUCGCCGCCUUCUCGACCACGCGCCCGCGCCCCGCGACCCUGAACCAGGUCCUCCGCGGCAUCAGGAAGGGCAAGCGCGCCCGCCAUGCCGUCUCGCCCGCCCUCUCCAACACAAACAGCCCGGCCUUGAAGGGCGUCUGCCUCCGCGUCGGCGUCGUCCGCCCCAAGAAGCCCAACUCCGGGGAGCGCAAGACGGCCCGAGUCAAGCUGUCGUCGGGCGCCGUCGUCACGGCCUACAUCCCCGGCGAGGGGCACAACAUCCAGCAGCAUAGCGUCGUGCUUGUCCGCGGCGGCAGGGCCCAGGAUUGCCCCGGUGUGCGGUAUCAUCUGGUCAGGGGGACUCUGGAUCUGGGCGGCGUAGCGAAUCGAACGACGAGUCGAAGCAAGUAUGGUACCAAGAAACCUAAAAAGGCUACCGUUGGCUAA